AUGGAGGCAGCGCGGGAGUCCAUGGCGGCGCUCCUCGACGCCGGCCUCUUCGGGCCCGCCCAAACGCUGGGGUGUUUCCUUGUGUCGUCGGCGGGUGCGGGCAACGAUGCUGGCAUGUCCAUGAAGGUGGAGAGCCUGGUCCAGCAUGGUGAUGCUUUGUAUGGAGAGAAAGAGUUCCGCAGGGCACUGAAUGCGUACAAGCAAGCUAUGCAAUAUAGUAGAAGUAUCCCUAGGCAAGCAACAAGUAACACCAGAAGUGCAGUAUCCGCCAUAGGCCGGUCACCUUCUCCAAAUUCUUCGAAUCUCUUAUCAUUCAAUGAAAAUGAGGUGAAGUUUAAGAUCGCUCUUUGCCAUUCUGCUCUAUGUGAGCACCGUGAAGCACUUCAUGAGAUGGAAGGUAUUCCUUCGAAAGUGAGAACACUGAAAAUGAAUAUGAUGUUAGGGAAGCUUUAUCGAAUAUCAAGAAAUAGCCGUACAGCUGCUGUCUGUUAUAAGGAGUGCUUGAGGCAAUGCCCUUAUGUUUUCGAAGCUAUCACAGCUUUGGCGGAAAUGGGGCUUUCAGCAAAGGAAUUUUCUUUAUUAUUUCCACAAGCACCAAAUAGAGGAGGCAAGGUGCCGGGUGACUUUGUAGAUGCACAACGUUGGUGGAGUCGGUAUGUUGAGGCGCAGUGUUGCAUUGCUUCACAUGAUUAUAAAGGUGGCCUUGACAUAUAUCUAGAACUAAUGCAACGGUUCCCCAAUAAUGUGCAUUUCUUGCUGGAAAUUGCUAAGGUUGAAGCCAUCAUAGGCAGGAAUGAUGAAGCGAUAAUGAACUUUGAGAAGUCAAAAUCUGACUACAUCAAACUGAAUAAGUUGGUAUAUGAUAUGCUGCAUAUUGAUCCUGCAAGGCCAGAGACAUGUGUUGCUCUUGCAGCAAUGUGGGAAAGAAAGGAUGAAAGAAAAGCUUUGACAUAUGCAGAAAAGAGCCUCCGAGUUGAUGACAGGCAUAUAACUGGCUAUAUUAUGAAGGGCAAUCUGCAUCUUUCAUUGAAUCGACCAGAUUUGGCAGUGACAGACUUUAGGGGGGCUCAAGAAUUGAGAGCUGAUCUUCGUUCUUAUCAAGGUUUGGUGCGUGCUUAUCUAGCACUUUCUAAAUGCAAAGAAGCAUUAUUCACUGCACGUGAGGCAAUGAAGGUUCUGCAUCAGUCUGCAAAAGCUCUCAAGCUAGUUGGCGAUGUUCAUGCAAUUAGUUCUAGUGGGAGGGAGAAGGCAAGAAAGUUCUAUGAAUCAGCCAUUCGUCUUGAACCUGGAUUUCUUGGAGCUGCACUGGCCCUGGCUGAUCUGCAUGUUGUGGAAGGACAGAAUAAGGAGGCUGUUAUGCUACUGGAAAAAUAUCUAAGACAAUGGGCAGAUGAUUCUCUACACAUCAAGUUGGCUCAAGUACAUGCGGCAACAAAUAUGCUUUCAGAUGCACUUUCCCAUUAUCAAUCUGCACUAAGAAUAAACCCACAAAAUGAAGCUGCAAAGACGGGAUUGGAGCGCUUGGAAAAACAAAUGAAGGGAGUGGACCCAGAUGCUCCGGAAGAGGAGGAAGAGAAUGAGGAGGAUGAUAUCGAUGAUCGAGAUGAGUUUAUUUGA